GUAUACGCCCCGUCUGCCAGCACAGCUGAUUACAACAGGGACUCACCAGGGUAUCCCUCCUCCAAACCCCCCAGUGGAGGAUUCCCCAGCCCCUUCUUCAUGUCAGGUAAUAGAUUACCUGGAGCAUUUCUCUCACAACUCUCUUCAUCCUUAGUAGAAUGAUUACCUGGAGCAUUUCUCUCACAACUCUCUUCAUCCUUAGUAGAAUGAUUACCUGGAGCAUUUCUCUCACAACUCUCUUCAUCCUUAGUAGAAUGAUUACCUGGAGCAUUUCUCUCACAACUCUCUUCAUCCUUAGUAGAAUGAUUACCUGGAGCAUUUCUCUCACAACUCUCUUCAUCCUUAGUAGAAUGAUUACCUGGAGCAUUUCUCUCACAACUCUCUUCAUCCUUAGUAGAAUGAUUACCUGGAGCAUUUCUCUCACAACUCUCUUCAUCCUUAGUAGAAUGAUUACCUGGAGCAUUUCUCUCACAACUCUCUUCAUCCUUAGUAGAAUGAUUACCUGGAGCAUUUCUCUCACAACUCUCUUCAUCCUUAGUAGAAUGAUUACCUGGAGCAUUUCUCUCACAACUCUCUUCAUCCCUUAGUAGAAUGAUUACCUGGAGCAUUUCUCUCACAACUCUCUUCAUCCUUAGUAGAAUGAUUACCUGGAGCAUUUCUCUCACAACUCUCUUCAUCCCUUAGUAGAAUGAUUACCUGGAGCAUUUCUCUCACAACUCUCUUCAUCCUUAGUAGAAUGAUUACCUGGAGCAUUUCUCUCACAACUCUCUUCAUCCUUAGUAGAAUGAUUACCUGGAGCAUUUCUCUCACAACUCUCUUCAUCCUUAGUAGAAUGAUUACCUGGAGCAUUUCUCUCACAACUCUCUUCAUCCUUAGUAGAAUGAUUACCUGGAGCAUUUCUCUCACAACUCUCUUCAUCCUUAGUAGAAUGAUUGCCUGGAGCAUUUCUCUCACAACUCUCUUCAUCCUUAGUAGAAUGAUUACACUUUAACCAACCUCAUAUUUACUCCCUUUUAUCUUAAACAUAGAUGGAUCUAUUUGGUGAUGGACACAAUGACACAAUGAGAGACAAGCGAUCAUGGAAUAACACUAGAACAAGAUCUGUGUCACUAAGAUUGAUAGAUACAUAGAGAAAAGACAGUGCUUUGGCUGGGAUUGAUAGAUACAUAGAGAAAAGACAGUGCUUUGGCUGGGAUUGAUAGAUACAUAGAGAAAAGACAGUGCUUUGGCUGGGAUUGAUAGAUACAUAGAGAAAAGACAGUGCUUUGGCUGGGAUUGAUAGAUACAUAGAGAAAAGACAGUGCUUUGGCUGGGAUUGAUAGAUACAUAGAGAAAAGACAGUGCUUUGGCUGGGAUUGAUAGAUACAUAGAGAAAAGACAGUGCUUUGGCUGGGAUUGAUAGAUACAUAGAGAAAAGACAGUGCUUUGGCUGGGAUUGAUAGAUACAUAGAGAAAAGACAGUGCUUUGGCUGGGAUUGAUAGAUACAUAGAGAAAAGACAGUGCUUUGGCUGGGAUUGAUAGAUACAUAGAGAAAAGACAGUGCUUUGGCUGGGAUUGAUAGAGGAAGUAAGCCAGCCAAGUUAGAUGAGUAGAUGAGGUUUCCCUGUAAUUGGAGGGCUGGUGUUUGCUGCUGGUUACAUCACAGCCCUCUGGUCUGGCCCGGACUGGCUGCUACUCUGCCUUACUAAUCACAGAGCAGUGGGUUAGAGUGGGUAAGGGCUCAGAAGCCAUGCAUUAGGGCGGGUUAGCGAUCUCAGCCACAGGGUAGGCAGGCAGCUUGAGGUUUCAUGCACAGAGGAGGAUGGAGACGGGGACAGGGUAAUGGAAGUAGUAUCUUCCUCAGAGAGCCAGGGGUCAUGGUCAGCAGAGACAGAUAGUAACAGUACAGGUGACAUGGCCAGGGGCUUGAUAGGGAGGCAUCACGUGACAUAGAUAGAUGGAGACAGUUCAAAAGAUAGACACACACCAAUGGUACUGUUCAAAUAUCAUUUAAUAUUUAUCUUCACACAUCUAACUUGGCUUGCCCUUGUCUGUUGUGAGCAUUGUGUAUUCAGUUAGCAGGGUGUCUGUUGUGAUCUUUUUGUAUUCAGUUAGCAGGGUGUAUGUUGUGAGCAUUGUGUAUCGUUAGCAGGGUGUAUGUUGUGAACAUUGUGUAUCCAGUUAGCAGGGUGUAUGUUGUGAGCAUUGUGUAUCGUUAGCAGGGUGUAUGUUGUGAACAUUGUGUAUCCUGUUAGCAGGGUGUAUGUUGUGAGCAUUGUGUAUCGUUAGCAGGGUGUAUGUUGUGAACAUUGUGUAUCCAGUUAGCAGGGUGUCUGUUGUGAGCAUUGUGUAUCCAGUUAGCAGGGUGUAUGUUGUGAACAUUGUGUAUCCAGUUAGCAGGGUGUAUGUUGUGAGCAUUGUGUAUCCAGUUAGCAGGGUGUAUGUUGUGAACAUUGUGUAUCCAGUUAGCAGGGUGUCUGUUGUGAACGUUGUGUAUCCAGUUAGCAGGGUGUAUGUUGUGAACAUUGUGUAUCCAGUUAGCAGGGUGUAUGUUGUGAACAUUGUGUAUCCAGUUAGCAGGGUGUAUGUUGUGAACAUUGUGUAUCCAGUUAGCAGGGUGUAUGUUGUGAACAUUGUGUAUCCAGUUAGCAGGGUGUCUGUUGUGAACAUUAUGUAUCCAGUUAGCAGGGUGUCUGUUGUGAACAUUGUGUAUCCAGUUAGCAGGGUGUAUGUUGUGAACAUUGUGUAUCCAGUUAGCAGGGUGUAUGUUGUGAACAUUGUGUAUCCAGUUAGCAGGGUGUAUGUUGUGAACAUUGUGUAUCCAGUUAGCAGGGUGUAUGUUGUGAACAUUGUGUAUCCAGUUAGCAGGGUGUAUGUUGUGUACAUUGUGUAUCCAGUUAGCAGGGUGUAUGUUGUGAACAUUGUGUAUCCAGUUAGCAGGGUAUAUGUUGUCUACAUUGUGUAUCCAGUUAGCAGGGUGUAUGUUGUGAACAUUGUGUAUCCAGUUAGCAGGGUGUAUGUUGUGAGCAUUGUGUAUCCAGUUAGCAGGGUGUAUGUUGUGAACAUUGUGUAUCCAGUUAGUAGGGUGUAUGUUGUGAACAUUGUGUAUCCAGUUAGUAGGGUGUAUGUUGUGAUCGUAAGUGUAUGCUCCAGGAGGGUUCCCUCAUGCGCCCCUCUCUCCCCCCCUGUAGACGGUCACCACAGUGCUGACCCAUGGAGCUCCUCCAGCAGUAUGAACCAGCCUGGUUACAGCGGCAUGCUGGGUAACUCCUCCCACGGCCCCCAGAGCAGCAGCUAUUGUGGCACCCACCCACAUGACCGGCUGGUGAGUAUCCUCUCCUCCUUUCCUUUCCUUAUCUCCUUCACUUCUAGUCUACUCUCCACCUCCUCUCCACUUCCCUCUUCUCAUUCUGAUCUCCUCGCUCCAUUCCUCCCCCUACUUCUUUCUGUCUUUCAGUCACUUUCUAUGUCUCCUUGUCUCUUUCCAUCAGUUGAUCAUUCCUUAGCCUUGGUAUGCCUCCAUACCAUCUCACUCUUAUUUAUUUUCACUGCUCUAGGUUCUAAUGGGUUAGAUGUUCAGUCUCAGGGUUCUAAAGGGUUAGAUGGUCAGUCUGAGGGUUCUAAUGGGUUAGAUGGUCAGUCUGAGGGUUCUAAUGGGUUAGAUGGUCAGUCUGAGGGUUCUAAUGGGUUAGAUGGUCAGUCUGAGGGUUCUAAUGGGUUAGAUGGUCAGUCUGAGGGUUCUAAUGGGUUAGAUGGUCAGUCUGAGGGUUCUAAUGGGUUAGAUGGGCAGUCUGAGGGUUCUAAUGGGUUAGAUGGUCAGUCUGAGGGUUCUAAUGGGUUAGAUGGGCAGUCUGAGGGUUCUAAUGGGUUAGAUGUUCAGUCUCAGGGUUCUAAAGGGUUAGAUGGUCAGUCUGAGGGUUCUAAUGGGUUAGAUGGGCAGUCUGAGGGUUCUAAUGGGUUAGAUGUUCAGUCUCAGGGUUCUAAAGGGUUAGAUGGUCAGUCUGAGGGUUCUAAUGGGUUAGAUGGUCAGUCUGAUGGUUCUAAUGGGUUAGAUGGGCAGUCUGAGGGUUCUAAUGGGUUAGAUGUUCAGUCUCAGGGUUCUAAAGGGUUAGAUGGUCAGUAUGAUGGUUCUAAAGGGUUAGAUGGUCAGUCUGAGCGUUCUAAACGGUUAGAUGUUCAGUCUGAGUGUUCUAAAGGGUUAGAUGUUUAGUCUGAGUGUUCUAAAGGGUUAGAUGUUCAGUCUGAGGGUUCUAAAGGGUUAGAUGUUCAGUCUGAGGGUUGUAAAGGGUUAGAUGUUCAGUCUGAGGGUUCUAAUGGGAUAGAUGUUCUGUCUGAGGGUUCUAAUGGGAUAUAUGUUCAGUCUGAGGAUUGUAAAGGGUUAGAUGUUCAGUCUGAGGGUUCUAAUGGGAUAGAUGUUCAGUCUGAGGGUUCUAAUGGGAUAGAUGUUCUGUCUGAGGGUUGUAAAGGGUUAAAAUUUCAGCAUGAGGGUUGUAAAGGGUUAGAUGUUCAGUCUGAGGGUUCUAAUGGGUUAGAUGUUCAGUCUGAUGUUCUAAAGGGUUAGAUGUUCAGUCUGAGGGUUCUAAUGGGUUAGAUGUUCAGUCUGAUGUUCUAAAGGGUUAGAUGUUCAGUAUGAGGGUUGUAAAGGGUUAGAUGUUCAGUCUGAGGGUUCUAAUGGGAUAGAUGUUCAGUCUGAGGGUUCUAAUGGGAUAGAUGUUCAGUCUGAGGGUUCUAAUGGGUUAGAUGUUCAGUCUGAUGUUCUAAAGGGUUAGAUGUUCAGUAUGAGGGUUGUAAAGGGUUAGAUGUUCAGUCUGAGGGUUCUAAUGGGAUAGAUGUUCAGUCUGAGGGUUCUAAUGGGUUAGAUGUUCAGUCUGAGGGUUCUAAUGGGUUAGAUGUUCAGUCUGAUGUUCUAAAGGGUUAGAUGUUCAGUCUGAGGAUUGUAAAGGGUUAGAUGUUCAGUCUGAGGGUUCUAAUGGGUUAGAUGGUCAGUCUAAGGGUUCUAAUGGGUUAAGAUGUUCAGUCUGAGGGUUCUAAUGGGUUAGAUGGUCAGUCUGAUGGUUCUAAUAGGUUAGAUGGUCAGUCUGAUGGUUCUAAAUGGUUAGAUGUUCAGUCUGGGGGUUCUAAAGGGUUAGAUGUUCAGUCUGGGGGUUCUAAAGGGUUAGAUGUUCAGUCUGGGGGUUCUAAUGGGUUAGAUGUUCAGUCUGAGGGUUGUAAAGGGUUAGAUGUUCAGUCUGGGGGUUCUAAAGGGUUAGAUGUUCAGUCUGAGGGUUGUAAAGGGUUAGAUGUUCAGUCUGAGGGUUGUAAAGGGUUAGAUGUUCAGUCUGGGGGUUCUAAUGGGUUAGAUGUUCAGUCUGAGGGUUGUAAAGGGUUAGAUGUUCCGUCUGAGGGUUGUUUCUCUCCAUCUCUACAGAGCUACCCGUCACACUCCUCGGCAGACAUCAACCCCAGUCUUCCUCCCAUGUCCAGUUUCCAUCGUAGCAGUGGCUCCAAUCAGUACAGUACGGCCUCCUGCACUGCCACCACCAACGGCACGGACAGCGUCAUGGGUAAGACCUGGGGACAAGGACACAGGGCUGCAGAAGACAGGACGGAAGACAGGGCUGAUUACAGUGGUAAGACCAGCAAUGUGACGGACAGACAGACAGAAUAAUGGAUGGACGGAUGGACGGACAGAUGGAAGGCAAAAUGUUUGGGUACUGAUUAACAGAGAAAGAUUAACAGAGGCCACACAAGGUUUUGACUCUGCUAUGAUUAGCUAAGACAUGCCCUCCUCUCGGUGAUGGCUGGAGUGUCAGUGUGUGUUUUCCUCCAUGACACCGCAGACAGUCCAGCAUAUGGUCCUGCUCUCUUUGAAUCCCACGGAACAAAUAAUAGGACAAUCAGAAACAGAUUGGAUGCUUGUUCUCCAACAUUCCACAAUGAUUAUCUCUUUCCCUCUCCCUCUAUCGAUCUCGAUCAUUCUUUCUCUCUCUACCUCUCUACCUCUCUCUCUCUACCUCUCUCUCUCUACCUCUCUCUCUCUCUUGCUCUCUAGCUCUCUCAAUUCAAUUCAAUUUCAAUUUAGCUCUCUCUUUCUAGCUCUCUCUCUAGCUCUCUCUCUCUCUCUCUCGCGUUCUCUCUCUCUUUCUCUCUCUCUCUAUCUCUAACUCGCUCUCUAACUCGCUCUCUCAAUUCAAUUUAAUUCAAACGGCUUUAUUGGCAUGGGAAACAUAUUUUUACAUUGCCAAAGCAAGUGAAAUAGAUUUUAAACAAAAGUCAAAUAAACAAUCAGAAAUUAACAGUAGACAUUACACUCACAAAAGUUUCAAAGGAAUAGAGACAUUUAAAAUCUCCUAUUAUGGCUAUAUACAGUGUUAUAACGCUGUGCAAAUAGUUAAAAUACAGAAGGGAAAAUAAAAAAAACAGAAAUAUGGGUUGUAUUUACAAGGGUGUUUGUUCUUCACUGGUUGCCCUUUUCAUGUGGCAACAGGUCGCAAAUAUUUUGCUGCUGUGAUGGCACACUGUGGUAUCUAUCUAUCUAUCUAUCUAUCUAUCUAUCUAUCUAUCUAUCUAUCUAUCUAUCUAUCUAUCUAUCUAUCUAUCUAUCUAUCUAUCUAUCUAUCUAUCUAUCUAUCUAUCUAUCUAUCUAUCUAUCUAUCUAUCUCUCUCUCUCUCUAUAGCUCUCUCUCUUCUCAAUUCAAUUCAAGGGGCUUUAUUGUGAAGAGGCGACUCCGGGAUGCUGACCUUCUAGGCAGAGUUGCAAAGAAAAAGCCAUAUCUCAGACUGGCCAAUAAAAAGAAAAGAUUAAAGAUGGGCAGUCUGAGAUAUGGCUUUUUCUUUGCAACUCUGCCUAGAAGGUCAGCAUCCCGGAGUCGCCUCUUCACUGUUGACGUUGAGAGUGGAGUUUUGUGGGUACUAUUUAAUGAAGCUGCCAGUUGAGGACCUGUGAGGCGUCUGAUUCUCAAACUAGACACUCUAAUGUAUUUGUCCUCUUGCUCAGUUGUGCACCGGGGCCUCCCACUCCUCUUUCUAUUCUGGUUAGAGCCAGUUUGCGCUGUUCUGUGAAGGGAGUAGUACACAGCGUUAUACGAGAUCUUCAGUUUCUUGGUAAUUUCUCGCAUGGAAUAGCCUUCAUUUCUCAGAACAAGAAUAGACUGACGAGUUUCAGGCCAUUUUGAGCCUGUAAUCAAACCCACAAUUGCUGAUGCUCCAGAUACUCAACUAGUCUCAAGAAGGACAGUUUUAUUGUUUCUUUAAUCAGCGCAACAGUUUUCAGCUGUGCUAACAUAAUUGCAAAAGGGUUUUCUAAUGAUCAAUUAGCCUUUUAAAAUGAUAAACUUGAUUUGGCAAACACAACGUGCCAUUGGAAAACAUGACUGAUGGUUGCUGAUAAUGGGCCUCUGUACGCCUAUGUAGAUAUCCAUUAAAAAUCAGCCGUUUUCAGCUACAAUAGCCAUUUACAACAUUAACAAUGUCUACACUGUAUUUCUGAUCAAUUUGAUGUUAUUUUAAUGGACGAAAAAAAUGCUUUUCUUUCGAAAACAUGGACAUUUCUAAGUGACCCCAAACUUUUGAACGGUAGUGUAGAUACCACAGUCACCCCUAAGCCUGAGGAAAACAAAAUUGCCACCCCAGCACUGAAAUUAGUCCCAUGACUGAGUGUAUGCUGCCCCUCCCACCAUAUACCCCAGCCAACCUCAUUAGCCUCAUCGCUAUGUACAGUUGAAGUCGGAAGUUUACAUACACCUUAGCCAAAUACAUUUAAACUCAGUUUUUCACAAUUCCUGACAUUUAAUCCUAGUAAAAAUGCCCUGUCUUAGGUCAGUUAGGAUCACCACUUUAUUUUAAGAAUGUGAAAUGUCAGAAUAAUAGUAGAGAGAAUGAUUUAUUUCAGCUUUUAUUUCUUUCAUCACAUUCCCAGUCAGUCAGAAGUUUACAUACACUCAAUUAGUAUUUGGUAGCAUUGCCUUUAAAUUGUUUAACUUGGGUCAAAAGUUUCGGGUAGCCUUCCACAAGCUUCCCACAAUAAGUUGGGUGAAUGUUGGCCCAUUCCUCCUGACAGAGCUGGUGUAACUGAGUCAGGUUUGUAGGCCUCCUUGCUCACACACGCUUUUUCAGUUCUGCCCACACAUUUUCUAUAGGAUUGAGGUCAGGGCUUUGUGAUGGCCACUCCAAUACCUUGACUUUGAUGUCCUUAAGCCAUUUUGCCACAACUUUGGAAGUAUGCUUGGGGUCAUUAUCCAUUUGGAAGACCCAUUUGCGACCAAGCUUUAACUUCUUGACUGAUGUCUUGAGAUGUUGCUUCAAUAUAUCCACAUAAUUUUCCUUCCUCAUGAUGCCAUCUAUUUUGUGAAGUGCACCAGUCCCUCCUGCAGCAAAGCACCCCCACAGCAUGAUGCUGCCACCUCCGUGCUUCACGGUUGGGAUGGUGUUCUUCGGCUUGCAAGCAACCCCUUUUUCCUCCAAACAUAACGAUGGUCAUUAUGGCCAAACAGUUCUAUUUUUGUUUCAUCAGACCAGAGUACAUUUCUCCAAAAAGUACGAUCUUUGUCCCCAUGUGCAGUUGCAAACCAUAGUCUGGCUUUUUUAUGGCGGUUUUGGAGCAGUGGCUUCUUCCUUGCUGAGCGGCCUUUCAGGUUAUGUCGAUAUAGGACUCGUUUUACUGUGGAUAUAGAUACUUUUGUACCUGUUUCCUCCAGCAUCUUCACAAGGUCCUUUGCUGUUGUUCUGGGAUUGAUUUGCACUUUUCGCACCAAAGUACGUUCAUCUCUAGGAGACAGAACGCGUCUCCUUCCUGAGCGGUAUGACGGCUGCGUGGUCCCAUGGUGUUUAUACUUGCGUACUAUUGUUUGUACAGAUGAACGUGGUACCUUCAGACAUUUGGAAAGGAUGAACCAGACUUGUGGAGGUCUACAAUUUUUUUUCUGAGAUUUCUUUUCAUUUUCCCAUGAUGUCAAGCAAAGAGGCACUGAGUUUGAAGGUAGGCAUUGAAAUACAUCCACAGGUACACCUCCAAUUGACUCAAAUUAUGUCAAUUAGGCUAUCAGAAGAUUCUAAAGCCAUGACAAACUUCUGACCCACUGGAAUUGUGAUACAGUGAAUUAUAAGUGAAAUAAUCUGUCUGUAAACAAUUGUUGGAAAAAUUACUUGUGUCAUGCACAAAGUAGAUGUCCUAACCGACUCGCCAAAACUAUAGUUUGUUAACAAGAAAUGUGUGGAGUGGUUGAAAAACGAGUUUUAAUGACUCCAACCUAAGUGUAUGUAAACUUCCGACUUCAACUGUAUCUGCAAUAUUAGAGCUGAUCUACCUAAAACUAAAACUUUUUACAAAAUAAUGGAAAACUAUGAGAAUCCAGGUAUAGUCUUUAUAGCUGAUUGAGAAUUUAUUUGAUACAGUAUGUCUAGAAUGUGUUUAUAAGUGCCUGGAUUAUUUCAAUUUUGGAAAAUGUCUCAUAAAAUGGAUAUAAGUCAUGUACAACAAUCCGCUAUGUAAAAUAAUAAAAAACGGUUACUUCUCUGAGAACUUUGAAUUAUCAAGAGGCGUAAAACAAUCUAAUGAUAAAAUUAAGGGGAAAAAAAAAUUCAUGGUUUAGCGCCUAUGAUUCAAAUUUUCUCUUGAGUCCUCAAUCUUCAACCUGGAAGGGCCUCAUUGAGGACCUGGAUAAUUUCUCCAGUUUCUCUGGACUAAAACCCAACUGUGAUAAGUGUACUAUAUUAUGUAUUGUGUCUCUAAAAGAUACAAUCUUUAAAUUGCCAUGUGGUCUCCCGAUUAAAUGGGCGGAUGGUGAAGUCGAUGUGCUUGGUGUACAUAUCCAGGAAAAGUUUUGCAAUCUUGCAGCUAUUAACUUUGAUCGAAAACUUAGCAAAAUAGAAAGACUCUUGGAAACCGUGGAGAGGGCAACACCUAUCCAUUUACGGGAAGAUUACCCUGAUUAAUUCUCUACUGAUAUCGCAGUUUACAUAUUUAUUCAUGGCUUUACCGACUCCAGGAGAAUCCUUUUUCAAAUCAUGCGAGAAAAAAUAAAAUCACCGGUGUGCCAAAUU